ACAUGGCCAAGCUAGCGUCGGACCCAAAUGCCUCCUCCAACAACAAUAGUUGCGAGGCGGUCAACAACAACCACAAUGGACAGCAUCAGAACGGUGGCGCCACCAAUUGCCAGGCUCUGCCCCACACACCUGCGCCGGCCAACACGCCCCUCCACAAGGCCAUCAAACACGACCUCUUCCCCGAGGUUACCUUCUGCAACCUUUCCGCGGAGGAGUUAGCGGAUGGGGCAGGGCACAGCCGGGUGGUGAGAAGCAGCAUCAUAGCCCUCGACGACGGCACCCUGACCUGCCUGAUGAACGGGAACGGACAGGUGAAGAAGCGCAAGCGCCUUAUUUCGAACGAGUCCGGCGACUCAAUCGACUCCAGCUCCACGGAGAAGAAAGCACCCAAAAUGCCCGACGGCGGAUACGGCUGGGUGGUUGUGUUUGCCUCACUGGUGGUGUCCCUUAUUGCCGACGGACUGAGUUUCUCGUUCGGAUUGAUCAAUGUCGAGCUGCUGGAAUACUUUGGCGAGUCAACCUCUAAGACCGCUUGGAUAUCCUCGCUGUUCUUCUCCGUGCCCCUGCUGAUGGGGCCAAUCUGGUCCAACCUGGUGGACAAGUACGGUUGCCGCAAAAUGACAAUUCUUGGCGGUGUUGUCUCCGCCUUCGGAUUCGCACUCUCCUCCGUGUGCAACUCCAUCGAGAUGCUAAUGGUGACCUUUGGCAUCAUCUCGGGCCUAGGCCUGGGCAUCGGGUACGUCACCGCGGUGGUGUCCAUCGCCUUCUGGUUCGACAAAAAGCGCACAUUCGCCACUGGGAUCGGAGCCUCGGGUACCGGAAUCGGGACCUUUGUUUAUGCACGUCUCACCUCCUACUUAAUCGAAUCGUACGGCUGGCGGGGAGCCACGCUUAUCCUUGGUGGCACCAUGCUCAAUGCAUGCGUGUGUGGCGCCCUAAUGCGCGAUCCCGACUGGCUGAUUGAGGAGAAUCGACUGGAGAGCCGGUCUCAGAGCGUCACCACCUUUUCCAACUCCAGUGUUUGCCUGGAGGAAAUUAAGAAACUACUGGACACUGGCAUCACCAAGGAGGCAGUCUUGGACUCCCUAGUAACCAAGAACAACACGGAGGCAAACCAGCAGAUUGACGAUCCUCUGGACUCUGCCCUGAAGCGCUACCGCAGCGAGAUCUUCCUGCCCACCUUUUUGAGCAUACAGGAGCUGGACAGUAUCUGCGAGGUGAAGAGCUUAAGCCGCCGCUCCCUUCGCCACAAGGAGGGUGCGGAGGCCCCGUCACGCGAAAACCUUCUGUCCAUGUCCUCGGGUGCGGGCGCUUAUCCCCCAUCGACAGCCGUCAUAGGAUCGCCGGAUGAUACCUUAAUGGGCGGGAUCGCUCACGAGGCGGCGGAGGAGGCGAAAAAGACCUACCUGGCCUCUAUCGAGACGCUGUCGCCGUCUGAGAAGCGAUCUACCGGUGGAACACCCCUGGGAUCACUACGCUCCUCAGAUGAGGGCUACCUUACCCAAAAGCACGCCAGCUCCCGGUACUCGCUCAACGAGAACCUCUUCAUGGCCAAGCACACGACACCAUCGAUCUCCAACCUGAAGGUGAACGGCCUGCGUCACAAUUCGGUGGACAUCCUGAGUGAGGACAUGCACUGCUACUACUCGAAGGACGAGACUUUCGCCUUGCUAGAGCCAAGCAGGCGGGUCGGACCAACUGUUAUAGCCAUUCCGGAGCAGGAACAAUCGGUAAACAGCGAACUGGCCACACGUCGUGCCCGUUUGGACAGCAUAACCGGGAUUCGGCGGCUGUCGCGCUCAAAGAAGCCCAGUCAACACCGAUCUAACCUGCGCCGCAACAUCUCGAUCCGGAACUCCAAUUUCCUCAAGGACAUGCGCAUCCACCGCAACUCGAUCCACUACCGUGGGGCCAUGCUGAACACUCACCGCUACCGUUUGCGUGCCUCCUCUUGUCCCAACAUCUACCGCAACUCAAUGACCACCAUCGCCAAGGAGGAGGAGGAUACCUGGUACGACAAUUUCGUGGACACCAUGAAGUCCAUCUUUGACUUUUCCCUCUUUCUGGACAUGAAGUUUGCGCUCUUCAAUCUCUCCACAUUGUUUUUGUUCAUUUGGUUCAUUAUACCUUAUCUUUACCUACCCGACUACAUGAAGCAAUAUGAUUACGAUGUGAGCGUGAGUGCCGAGUUGAUAUCGGAUGUCGGCAUUGCCCAAACUGUGGGCAUGAUAGGACUGGGCUAUCUGGGGGAUCUGUCCUGGAUGAACAUUAACAUAUGCUAUUCGCUGUGCAUGUUGGUGUGCGGAGCUUCGGUGUUCUUUAUGCCUUUGCUGAUGACCAACUACAUUGGCCUGAUGGCCAUGUGUGUCAUUUUCGGAUUCACGUUUGCCAGCUCAUUUUCGUUUACGCCCAGCAUCCUGGUCAGUAUUGUUGACCUGGACGAUUUCACGUGUGCCUACGGUCUGGUGCUGCUGGUGCAGGGAGUGGGCAUGAUCGCAGGACCCCCCAUUGCCGGCGUUAUAUACGAGCAUACGGGCAGAUGGGACGACACCUUCUACUAUGCUGGCAUAUUUAUAGCACUCUCCGGCGUCUGUUCGUAUCUGAUCGAGUUCUGCGAGAAGAAAGCACCUAAGGAGAGUGAUAGUGAUGUCUCAGAGACUAAAAAAGCUCAACUUUUACACUAGGUUACUUAUAAUACACUGUUGAAUGCCGAAGGUGGAAGACAACUGGAGGUACUACAAAUCGGAACAGUAGCCUGUAGCAUUAAAUGUUAACGAGUUUCUUAUGUCAAAUGGUGUUGCAUCCAUAAAAUCAGAGCAGAAUUGUAACUGAAACUGAGCCUAUUUCAUAAGUCUUAGCCAGUAAGCCUAUACUUGACUUGACUAAUCGUAGCUAAGUACCGAUAUACACCUAAUAUAUAAUUACCGCACUAGGGCAAUUUACUAUUCGCAUCUGUAAUCACACUUAGAAAAACUGUUCAAUUUCAAUCAAUAUCAAUGCAGUGCAUCACUGCCAGGUGCAAACGGGUCCCUCAAUUGUCUUCUUUACAAAAAAUUAUAGAAAUAGUUUUAAUUGCCUUACAUUUCGUACGAAUAUUAAUUAAAUACAAUAAACAACAAUCUAUGUAACGUAUGCAAUAAUACAAGCGACCAUUUUCAAUCGACCUAAAACUCACAAUAAAGUCUUUGGAGCAUUUGUUUUUAAACCAAACAAAAAUAAUGUACAUCAAACGUCGCGGAUCCCAAAAGUUUCUAAAUUAACAAAAAAAAAACAACUGAGCAAACUAGGGUAUACAAAAUAAUUAUUGUUGAAUUGAAAAAUGUGUUUUUCACGAUUUGGCAAAGCUUUUCUUAGGCGAAACACAAACAAGAUUUAGAAUAAAAAAUACAUUUAUGUAAUAUCUUACAAGUUCAAGUAUUAUUACAAGGAAUACAAACAUAUUUAUAAAUAGUUUAUAUCGUUAGCGGAAAAAUCCUUUAAACAAAAACACUCUUCAAAAAAUGAAGCAAACUUAGCCCUAUAGCCUAUAGCCUAUAGCCUAUAUAGACUUAUAGAUAACAGUAGUUGUUGAUUCCAAUCACUUUAGCAAAUAUGUACAUAAACGAAAAUGAAUCACAAUUCUAUAUUAUUUACAAUUGAACAAUUAUCUACCGAAAGCCUAUUAAGAAAUAAAAAAUCACUUGAAAUUUAA